AUGGAGAAAAAAUCUUUAGACACAAAAGCCGAAAAUUGCCUGAGAACUGAAGGUGAAAACAUGAUAAAUGUUUUACCCGACGAUUUGCUAGUGAAGAUAUUGAUGCUUGUUCUAAUAAAAGAUGCAGUGGGUACUAUGAUUUUGUCAAAAGGGUGGCAGUAUAUUUGGACGAUGAUGCCAGAACUCGAGUACGAAGAGAAAAAUAACGGUAAAAGCAUUUGGCAUUUUUUUGAUAAGUCACUGCAACUCCACAAAGCACCUGUAUUAGAAUACAUUUAUGUCGAACUUGGAUCACAAUGCCCUGUUGAUGUUGAUGUGGGAAAGUGGAUUGAAAAUGCGGUUGAUCGCGGGGUGUGCAGACUAAAGUUCGAUCUCAUGUGGUCUAAAAAACCUAUCAACUUGCCGGAGAGCCUUUACACAUGCGAUACACUCGUCUUUUUGAGUCUUUCCAACAAGAUUUUCGUGGAUAUUGUUUCCCCGGCUUGCCUCCCACCCCUCAAUUCUCUCGUUCUUCUCUCUGUUGUGUUCAAAGACGAAGAUUCUCAAGUUGGAAUUUUAUCAAGUUGUCCUAUUCUCAAAAAUUUACAUGUGGAGCGACAUAUAGAAGACAACGUGAUCAACUUCAAUGUGAAAGUAUCUUCUCUAGAGCUCUUAAUUUAUAAAUGUCCAGAUAGAGAAGAAGAGGAAGGUAUUAAGAGGUCUUUGGUUAUUGAUUCUCCUCUUUUAAAGACAAUCAUCAUCAAUGAUAUUUCGGGAGACUCUUGCUCGUUUGAAAACACAUAUCGCCUUGAUAAGGCAUAUAUAAACGUUACUUGCGAUAAUGACAAGUUUAUGAGAUCUCUUGCUUCCACCGUACUUCUGGAGAUAGUUUUGGGCAUUCCAACUGUUGUGUGUUUUACCACCAUUACUUUCUUUCAACUGAUAGAGUGUGAGAUACAACCUUUUGAGCUAGACUGGUUGGAACCACUUAUGGUUUUUGUUCAAAAUUGUCCCAAACUAAAAGUGCUUUUUAUCAACCUGAUCUAUCUAAGAGAGGAUUUCCCGCUUUCUUGGAACCAUCCGAGUUCUGUUCCCAAAUGCUUGUUAAACCAUCUCGAGAUCUUUGAAUGGAAAAGAUAUGGAGGAAGAACCCAAGAGAAGGAACUCGUGAGAUACAUUCUUGCCAACUCUAGGUGUUUAAAACGAGUUGCAAUCAACAAUCCAGAAGAUAAUGAGGAGAUGAUGGACGAGUUAAAAUCUAUGUCUAGGAUUUCACAAUCUUGUCAGCUUACGUGCACCCCAAUAAUUCUGCAAGACACAUAUCUAGACCGCUAUACUUCCUACUGA